AUGAACGUCGUUGUGUGCUCCGGUGGGACUGCCACAAAUUCAUUGACUCCUUGCUUUUCUAAUAUUUCUAUCUUAAAAGGACAUGAGCUGACGUAUAUAUUGCCAAUAUCAGAUAAUGGCGGGUCCACAAGUGAAAUUCUACGAAUAGUUGGUGGCCCAGCAAUUGGUGAUAUCAGAUCUAGAAUAGUGAGACUACUUCAAGAUGAACAGCUUGUCGAGUUGUUUGGCCAUAGGCUACCUAAUGAUAAGUUAUUAGCUAAGAAAGAAUGGAAUGAAAUAGUGGAAGGUUCGCAUCCCAUAUGGAAAAAUAUUUCGAUAGAAGUUAAGGAAAUGUGUCGUUCUUUUAUUAUCCAUAUGCAAGCAGAACUCUUGAAAAAAAUCAAACACUCGAAUCCAUUUCAGUUUGAGAGUGCAUCCAUUGGAAAUUUUUUCUUAACUGGUGCUAGAUUGUUUUUAGGUUCUCUAGACGCAUCUAUUGAACUAAUGAUGAGGAUAGGAAGGUGCAGUCCUCUAGUUCAUGUUAUUCCAUGUAUAAAUACCAAUCACACACAUCAUAUCUCGGCUUUGUUGACGAAUGGUGAGAUGAUAACUGGCCAAUCACAAAUAUCGCAUCCCUCGAAAUCUGUUCCUAAAGAUAAUAGCAUAGCACAUUCAGCUAAAUUUAUUCAUUUACUUGGCUCUUAUGACGACCAUUUGAAAAUUCUCCUCGACGAUGAGGAAGAAGAAGCGGAAGAGGAGUAUGCCAAUCCUAUCUAUAUUCUUCCAGAACUGAAAAACUCCCAGUUGCAUUUUGACAAGCUUGAUGAAUCACAGAAUCUACCUGCUCCGGUACAUAGGAUAUUGUAUAUAAACCCAUAUGGCGAAGAGAUAAAACCAAUGGGAAAUCCAAGAGCUAUUUCCAAGGUGAAAAAAGCUGACAUGGUCGUUUAUUCUAUCGGUUCUUUAAUGACAAGUUUACUCCCAAUCCUUAUUCUUGGUAAUCUUGCUGAAGUAAUUUUGGAAUCUAAUAAUACGAAAAAAGUUUUGCUCAUAAAUAAUAAAUAUGAUAGAGAGGUUUUUGGUUUAGACGGUUUACACUACGUUCAAAUGAUCAUAGAUUCUAUGAGUAGGGCAAUAGCAGGCUAUAGGCAAUCUAAGGGUGUCCAUUCAGAGAAUGAUGACUUUGAAUGGCAAGAUUUUAUUACUGAUAUUGUUUACCUAAAAAAUGGUGAAAUUGAAAUUGAUGAAACGAUAUUCGAGAAGCAUAGUAUUAGAUGCCACCAGAUCGCGUCUUCGGAUAAGAUGGAAAGUGAAGAACUUGAAAAGGUUCUGAAUCAAAUUGGCCUUAAAAACUGA